CUGCAUCCCAUGGAUUUUGAGGAAAACCCCGAGCUCAUAUUUGGAGAGGAGUUCUGCUUUCCUGCCACAGCAACUUACUAUCCAACUCCAUAUGCCCCAGAUGAAAUUAAUCUGCCUGCUGACUUGUAUGAGCACCAGCCACUUUGGGGAUGUGGAGAUCAAGGUCUACAUUACUCGGGCCAGCAGGCUGAAAGCACAUCAUGCCCGUAUUUUGUUGUCCCUCACUAUGGGCUUUCAUAUUCUCCCCUUGCCCCUUACCCGCCAGAAACUUGUGCCGUAGCUGAUCACAGAUUUGCUGGAGCCCAAGAGUAUCUUGCUAAGCCAGCUGAUGUCACAUACCAUCAACCAGUUCCUACACCCCGCUAUGAUGUUCUUCCAUCUGCUCCACAUUGGGGCCUAGCUAGCAUGUCGAAAAGUGUCACAUACUCUGAUAGCUUAUUCAUUCCCAGUGGACAAGGCUCAAGUUUUCCUUUUGCCUUAGAAAAGGGUAUUACAUGGAAUCCAUCUCUACAAUCAGCUGGCGUUGCUCCAAAAAAAAUCGAAGGCCAUGCUAUGCUGCCAACGGCACAACUGCAUAGUUCAGGUCCAUGGAAGCAAGAUCUAGCAGAUCGAAACAUGAUGCCUGCUAAACUUAGUCGUGCUCCACAGGCAUCAGGACACUCUCUACAAGGGGGAUUUCCUUCUGUCAAGUCGUUGCAGCAGGCUACUUCAUCAUACAAUUAUAAUGCCUCAAAUGUUGGACCAGACCUUCGUAAGAUGGUUAUAGCUGAGAAACUCCAAUCAAGCUCAACGCCCAGAACUAAUUCAUCAUACAAUUAUAAUGCUUCAAAUGUUGGAUCAGACCUUCGUAAGAUGGUUAUAGCAGAGAAACUCCAACCAAGCUUGAAGCCCAGAAGCCAUGUAAAUGGUUUCACUGGAAAGUUGAGUUCACCGCAUUGGCAGAAGAUGGGCCAAGAAAAAAAGCCAAGAGGUUCGAUGCCAUCAGAAAUAGUUGCCAAAUCCUGUACAUCAAUGCUGCAUAUUGGCAAUCCACAGGGCGAAAUCAUCAUUAGGACUGAUCAGUAUAACGGAGAUGACUUCCAGCUGGUGUAUCCCAAUGCAAAAUUCUUUGUUAUCAAGUCUUAUAGCGAGGCAAAUGUUCAUAAAUCCAUCAAAUAUGGUGUCUGGUCGAGUUCUCGUCUUGGAAACCGGAAGCUGGAUAGAGCAUUUAAAGAUGCUCAAAUGAUAACUACAAGUAGUUCUGCAAUGAAAAGCAGCCAAUCUGCCUUUUCGUCAAAAGAAACAGCUAGUUCUGCCUUGUGUCCAGUUUUUCUAUUCUUUUCGGUCAAUCAAAGUUCCCAUUUCUGUGGUGUUGCUGAGAUGGUUGGCCCUGUGGAUUUUCAAAAGAACAUGGACUUUUGGAGCGAGGAUAAGUGGACUGGAAGCUUUCCUGUGAAGUGGCACAUCAUAAAGAAUAUACCAAACACCACCUUACAGCCGAUCUUGCUGUACAACAAUGAACACAAGUCUGUCAUAUUCAGCAGAGAUACACAAGAGGUACACUAUGGUCCUGGAACUUGUAUGCUCAAGAUCUUCAAAUCUACCAUAGCAAAAGAAUGUCUGCUUGAUCAAUUCAUGAUGUAUGAGGAGGAAGAAGCAAGAGGCAGAAAUUACACGAGAUCUAAGCUUAGCGGUGAUGCUCCACGUUUCAUACCUGUCCCUAAUCUGUAUGCGGCUCAUGCCUACGUUCCUCGGCAGCCCAAAGCUGACAGAGCACUGGUGAACAGAAUCAUCAGGGAGACGCAUGAUCUGGCAGGCAAGCUACAGGAUGUAAAUUUGGAUGUGCAGCAGAUUUCAGGGAAAGAAUCUGGGAACCCUGUUAGAGAUUCUGCCAAGGUGUAUGCACAGAGAAAAAAGCGCAUCAGGCAUGGAAAGCAGGCUCAUGAGGAUGUCGUCAAAGCUGUAACAUACCAGCCCCUAGCUUCAAACAUGCUGGCUGCUCUGGAUGAUGGAAAGUUAACCUGGCAGGAGGCUGAAGUCGCCCCAGUUGGAGAAGAGCGCUCAGAGGCUGCUGCCAACGUCUCAUCAGAGGCACCUGAAGAGUAUACAACUGAAGUCAAGAAUGCCUUGGUGCACAGUGCGUCAGCAAUUCCAGAGACGAUUUAUGAAGAAAAGAAGAUCGUUCGGGAGCACUGCUCCCCAGCAACCAGUUCUCAGAUGAGUGGAACCUGGUCAGGUUGCUCGAUUCAUGAUUUUCUUCGCGUUGGCUCGAUGCUGGUCCCGAUGAAGAUAUCCAGUUAAAAGAUCCAAAAACAUUUCUCUUAUCAACCAGAAUCGAGGUCUUGCUUGUGGAUAGGAGGAAGGGGUUCUCUUUUGGCUUUUGAGUUGCCAGGUUCUUGCCAACAUUGUGAGGAAGCGUUCUCUGGCUUAAUAGGUGGCCUGGGAGGAAUUUACAUCGGCUUUUAGGCUCAACAAGGGAAGGCUUGAAACUCCUCAGGUUCCUUAUUUAUCUAUCUGUUCUCUGAAAAAGAAAUGCAAGUUGUCUGUGAUGUCUUAAACCCCUUGAUUAUUUGGAUACACGAGCUUGAUCUUCCUCUUUUGUUAAGUUAUUAAAUGGCACAAUGCUGCUACCAUCUCA